GGCUCCUGCGCUCCACCGCGCCUUCCACCUGCCCUACAGCCUGAUCGCCUCUCGCUUGGGAACUGCAGCUCGGCUCGAAAUGGACCCCAACUGCUCCUGCGCCACUGGUGGCUCCUGCACCUGCCCUGGCUCCUGCACGUGCAAAGAGUGCAAAUGUGCGUCCUGCAAGAAGAGCUGCUGCUCCUGCUGCCCCGUGGGCUGUGCCAAGUGUGCCCAGGGCUGCGUCUGCAGAGGGGCGUCGAACAAGUGCAGCUGCUGCGCCUGAUGUCAGGAGAGCCCAUCUCCCAGAUGGAAAUGGAAGAACAUGAACAAACCUAGAUAUUUUUCAUGUUGCCCUGACCCAUUUCCUGUGGUUCUCUUCAUUACUAAAUAUGUGAACAAUAAAAAAAAGUUAUUCUGA